AACAUUAAUUUUAAACUGUCACGUGUAAUAAUUUUAGUUUUUGCGAAAGUCGAUAUUUGAUUUUGGCUUGCAUUAACUAAUCAAUUAACUUUUUUAAAGGGUCACGAAAAAAACAACGGCAUAUGAAGAUAGAGAAUUUUUUUUAAUAAUGGGCUACAAAAACCUGUUCAAAUUUGCCGCACAAUCUACCAUUUGUACUAAUGGACUAUUUGCCGGCAUUGUUAAUGGAAUCGAGGCAAAUUGCUGAUUAUAAUGGUAAGAGAGCAAGAAGCAAUAUAAUACCUACAUUGCAAAAUAGGAAAUUAUAAUUGAUUGUAGAUUAAAGGCCUGCACAAGAAGAAUUGUAUGAAUUAUGCUUUUUUCGACACACUGACUUUGUCUAUUCAAUCAUGCGCUAUGUAUUUGAUAGGCAAUGACAACCAACAACAUCCCCCAUUUUGAUUCAUGUGUGCUAAAGGCCUGCACAAGACGAAUUGUAUGAAUUAUGCUUUUUUCGACACACUGACUUUGUCUACUCAAUCAUGCGCUAUGUAUUUGAUAAGCAAUGACAACCAACAACAUCCCCCAUUUUGAUUCAUGUGUGCCAUUGUCUAAAGGUAAGGUCACAUUGAGCAAAUAUUUGACACAAAUAUGUUUUAUCAUAUUUUUCCAAAAAAAUGUUGUUUUCAUACAGAGUUGAUUUUGUGUUCACAUUGCUCACAUUUAUUUGACAAAUUUUGUUUGUUCAAACACCCAUCAAAUAGUGGCAAAUAAAGCAAUGACAAAACAGGUUUGACGUGCGGUCACAUUUGAAAAAUAUAUUUGAUUAAAAAGCAGUUUGAUCAAACUAUCAAAAAACAAAAAAUUGUUUGGUCGAAAUAUUUAAAAGAAGCUAUGCAGCAGGAAUAGGCGCUUUUUAUUUUAUGUUGUGGUGCAGCAUCAUAUAUUGCUGUCAAAGAGGACGAAUCCAUGAAAAAUAGAAAAAAAAGACCAUGGGUUCGAGAAUGGUUGCGUCAAAGAAAGGAGGAAGGAUGUUGCGUCAAAUUGCUGACUCAACUGCGGGCUGAAACACCAUCGCUCUAUAAAAAUUUCUUGAGGAUGAACGCGGCAGAUUUUGACAAUUUGCUUAAAUUAACUGCACCACUUUUAACCAAGAAGACGACACAAUUACGUGAGCCGAUUUCAGCUUCAGAACGGUUAAUGGUUACACUGCGAUACUUGGCAACAGGCGAGAGUUUCCGUUCUCUGCAAUUCAUAUUCCGUAUACCUCACAACACUAUUUCAACUAUCAUUCCAGAGGUUUGCGAUGCUAUUUAUAAGGUUCUACAGCCUGAUUAUUUAAAGACCCCAUCAACGGAAACAGAAUGGCUAGCAGUAUCGGAAAAAUUUUAUGAGAAGUGGAAUUUCCCAAACUGUAUUGGGUCUAUAGACGGCAAACAUGUCGUUAUGACAGCGCCUUCUCAUUCCGGAAGCAUUUACUUCAACUAUAAAGGAACUCACAGCAUUGUACUCAUGGCUAUUGCAGAUGCUUCCUACAAAUUUUUAUAUAUUGAUGUUGGGUCCAAUGGAAGAAUAUCAGAUGGUGGAGUUUUCCGAAAAACGCCAUUUAAUAAAGGUCUGGUUAACGAAAAACUAAAUUUACCACCACCAGAACCAUUGCCAGGCAGAACAGUUUCAGUUCCUUAUGUUCUUGUUGCGGAUGAUGCAUUCGCUAUGACACCCAAUAUAUUAAAACCUUUCAGUGUCCGCAAUAUGAAUGCAAUUCAGAGAAUUUUUAACUAUCGUUUGUCUAGAGCUAGACGAGUUAUAGAAAACGCAUUUGGAAUUCUGUCUGCCCGUUUUCGUGUACUACGAACCCCAAUAAAGGUUGAUCCACCAAAAGCAAUAAAAAUUACUACUGCCUGUUGUGUGUUGCAUAACUACCUGAUGUGCCGCAAUAAUUCGAUAUACUUCAACCCAAAUCUAGUGGACCACUAUACACAAGAUGGAACACUAGUACUAGGUGAAUGGCGCAGUGAACGGGCCUCUGAUAGUCUUAUAAAUCUACAACCUCAUCGGUCUUAUAUUGCACCUAAUUGUUCUACUGUAAGGGACGAGUUUUCCCAAUAUUUUGUAGAAGAAGGCGAAGUUCCCUUCCAAUACAAACAUAUAUAAAAGUUUAAAUAAAAUGAUA